UUCGGCUUGAGCCGUUGAGCCGAGUUCCGAAUGAAGCUUUCGUGGGAUACUCGUCGUCGUAGCAGCUUGGGUGCCACGUCAAGCGGUAAUGUGAAGAAAUGUUAUUAACAAUUCGUUUGACAUAGCGGAUACUGCACUUCUUACUUUGGUUACAAUGUCUUUAAGCGCAUUAUGGCUCUAUUUGGCUGUAUUCAUUUUGACUAUUGUAUUUUUGAUCUUAAUAACAGUGUACAUAAUAUGUAAAUAUACAGAGCCGUACCCCAAAGUGCAUAGGUAUGAAGAAGAAAAAUAUUUCCUUGAUCCAAAUACUAAGGAAAAAACAAAAUUUCCAUCUUUAGAAGAUGAUUGGAGCAUAAACCUCAGUGUUAUUGUUCCUGCGUACAAUGAAGAAACAAGACUGCCACCCAUGUUGGAGGAAUGCCUGAAGUAUUUGGAGCAACGAAAAAAGUCAGGAUUCACAUAUGAAAUUAUAGUUGUUAGUGAUGGAAGUACUGAUAAGACUGUUGAGGUUGCACAUUCUUAUGCUAAGAAAUACAAUACAGUGAGAGUAUUGGCACUUGUAAAAAAUAGAGGCAAAGGAGGUGCUGUGAGACUGGGUAUGCAGAGUGCCAGAGGAAGUGCUUUGCUUUUUGCUGAUGCAGAUGGUGCUACAACUUUCAGUGACUUGGAAAAGCUCGAAGAAAGCCUUAAAAGUGUCUUGAGCUGCGACUACAUUUCAUCGCCGGAGAAAACGUCCAAAUCUCACGGUAUUAUCUGCGGUUCUCGCGCACACUUAGAAGAAGAAGAAAAGGCAAAACGUUCCUUAUUCCGUCUGCUACUUAUGUAUGGCUUCCAUUUUCUCGUAUGGUUUUUCUGCGUGAAACACGUGCAUGACACGCAAUGCGGUUUCAAGUUGCUAACUCGUGAAUCUGCCCGUAUCAUUUUUACGGCAUUACACGUGGAACGCUGGGCAUUUGAUGUUGAGAUGCUGUACAUUGCUGAAGUAUUGAAUCUACCUUUGACAGAGAUAGCUGUUGAAUGGCAAGAAAUUGAUGGCUCAAAAAUUGUGCCAGUUUGGAGUUGGCUACAAAUGGGACGGGAUUUGAUACUCAUCUCGCUAAGGUACAAACUUGGAUCAUGGAAGAUCAUGAAAGUUAAGAGUUCUUGAAAAGAAAAUUGUCAGUUUGGAUUAGCACAAUGCUAAUUUGAAUAAUUUUUUUCUUUGUGAUAUAACAAUUUAGCUUGAAAGUAAUUCAUUUUCCAGAAGUACAAUUAAUGUUUGUUUCUUAUUUUAUCUAUAAUUUUUAUAGAGGCUUACAAAAUAGGCAUUUAUACUUUCAGUUCAUAUACAAAUUGUUGAAUGGAAGUAAGCAGAAAAUAAUUGCACAGUACCGUGUAUCGAGUACGUGCAUUUUAACACUGUAAUUGUACAUAAAUACAAAUGAGACACGUUUAUUUUUGACAGCUUUUAUGAAAGCUCUUGAGUGCCGACAUCAAAUAAAUGUUGCGCAUCGCUAUAAUUAAAGAUAGUCUCACCAUUACAUGCGCCCGAUAAGCCUAUUCUGACAACUGAUACUUAGUUUUUUAAUUAAUUUUGUCAACUCAAAAUAAUACUUCAAAUAUAUACAACGCACAUUUUCCAUGUUACUCGUUACUUUACUCUAAAUUUCAACCAUUAAUUGUACUGUGACGAAUAUGUGCAAAAUAUUAUUACUCUAUUUCUUUAUGGUAUUAAAAUUUAGAAAAAGAUUCGCUAACUGAUAAAUAUCUAAUCUACUCUUCCGGUUGUUGAUACUAUUACGAGAGUUUUAGCAUUUUGCUCGCGUGUGAAACUAUAUAAGUUGCUCACAAAUGUAGACCGUGUGUUUUGGUAAUGUCACUCAAAAGCUUGCAUAACUUUUAUAUAAAAAAUUUAAUAAAGGAAAUAAAAAAACAAUUAAUGCAAUAUCGUUUAAUUUACAACAAAACAAAAUCUCCAACAACAUUAUAGCUUUUAAAUCAAAAUGCAGUCAAUAAAGGACAAUGAUUUUUCAAUCUUACGUAAGCGCUCUAUGCACGUUGCGUUGCUUGUAAAAUGGAGCGUAAUAUAUAGAAGAGUGAAUUUUCCUAACAAUCUAUUGUGUAAAUAAAAGAGAGAUCCCAAUCCCUUCUAUGGGAAAAUCC